AUGGGUCAACACUCCGAAGCGAGGGAAAAUGAAAGUUUCUCUCAUAGUGUUAGCACUAUUGAGCAUAGUACGGGCACCCGGCGGCCUUCUAUUACCGCCGGAUUAGGCAGUAUUUUAGAUGGAGCACGAACGAACUCUGUCCUCCUUCAGCAGCUUCUGCCGGUGCUCCGCGAGCGCGGGGGUCCUCACGACGGCGCGGCCAUCGCCCAAUGGGCGCCGCUGUUUAUCGACGUUGACGGCCCUGUCAACCCGGAGGAAUCGCUCAUCGUUUUCGACACGCCGUACGCCCCGGAGGAUCCCUCCAAGUCGCUCAAACUGCGCCAAAAACUCGGGCUGCUACAGGGCGAGGACCACCCCGUGGAUCCGAACGUCCGGAUCAUCCUAGACAGCUUCAUCACGCCGCGGCGGUGGCGGGACCCUGUGACGGGGACCCUUUGGGUGCAGCACGCCAGCCCCCACCCCCGCAACCGCAUCGAGACACGCACCCUUCACGCGGCCUUCCACCAACGCCUCAGGGCCCUCCACGUGCGACGGACGGGUACAAGCCCGGCACGCACCGCCCUCACCGCGGAGUGCUUCCUGGAGGUGAUCCGGCAGGUCGUGACGGAGUGCUGGGAGCGUGGGCUGCUGCUCCUGCACGUCUACGCCGAGCGCGUAGCUUCGCAGGCGGCGCAUCGCGAGAUGUUCGAAAGUCGCGUCGGGCACGCCUUUCGCCUCGCCCUCCGGGGCGAGAAGGGCGCCUCGAUCGCGCAGCACGAUAAGACCAGGCUGCAAAACCGCAUCCACGAGCUCGAGCGAAGAGAACAGGAGCUAAAAGAAGGAUGCGAGACAUUUGCGAAGUCCGCCGAAGAUGAGCUCCUUAUCAUGGAGAAGAAACACAACGACGCGAUGGUGGCACUAAAGAGGGAGUAUGUACGUAAAAAGAAUCAACUAGAGCGUAUGUUAGCCGUACCGCCGCUUUGA